AUGGAGGAGCGGGAGCCACCUCCCGAUAAUGCAAACCACAAACCCUCCCCGAAUGGACAACCGACCACUCCACCAGCAGAGAGUGCAAACCAUGACCCUGCACCUGAAUCAUCUCAGUCUGUCUUUCGCUCUGGAACAUAUGUUGUCCAGGUUCCCAAAGAUCAAAUUUAUCGCGUUCCACCAACCGAACAUGCUCAGCUAGCCCAACAACGAAAUGCACCUCAACAAAAGAGACGGUGUUGUAAUUGGUGUUUUUGUAGCCUCUUUGCAGUUGUCAUUGUCCUAGUUUUUGGCCUGGUAGGAGGGGUUAACACUUUUUUCCUCGAGCAUGAUAAUCCUUCGUUUAUCGUUGAGCAUUUCCUCGUCUUGAAUCCACCUCAUCCUAAUCACCAGCAGCAUCCGGACUAUAACAUUGGAUUGAAAGCCCAAAAUCCUAACCAGCACACAAGCAUUUUGUAUGAUCAGCAUGGUGAUGCAUGCCUCUCUUUUAAGCAUAAAGAAAUUGCUGUUGGAAAAUAUCCUCCAUUCAAUCAAAGCCCCAAGAAUUCAAAUACCUUUCGGAUAGUACUAAAUGGUUCAAAAAUUGCAUUGCCUAAAGAGAUUGAGAAGGGCAUGAAAAACAAAAAUUCGAAAGAACACGUUUUGUUAUCUCUAUCAAUGAAUGUCCCAGUGCAACUGAAAACUGGGGCAUUGAAAACUGGGAGUAGGAAAAUUUCUGUGGAUUGCAGUUUGACUGUGGAUACACUGGCAAAAACUGCUCAUAUCCUGUCUCAAGAAUGUCAUACCAGAGGCUAA